AUGGGGGAAAUUUUAAGUACCCAAUUAAAUGGUGUAUCUGGGCCCAAAAAAAGUAGCCAAAAAUGGCAAAGAGUAUGGAUUGACUUGAAAAAUAAAGUGAAAAAGAAGGCUAGUGUCAUAAGAAACAGCAGGACGCAGACAGGAGGAGGUCCUCCUUUAAAAGGAAUCUUAACUGACCUAGAGGAAAGGAUUAUAAGGAUAAUUGGGGACACUGCCAUAUAUAGAUUAAGCAGUUCAAGGGAUGAUCCUUUGGACAGCGAGAAUGAAUGA